AUGGGCUACAGCCACGAUACUGCUUUUUCCUGCCCACCUCCCACUACCGUCACCAUUACUGUUACCGCCAAUGGACCCUCCAGCUCUUCAGAUAUGGACGUCUUCGCCGCUUUGUUUGUACAACUCUUGAACCUCCUGGAACGGCUUUUUGACACUCUCACGGACAAGAUCGACAACGGUCUUCAAAAAACCUACAUUAAGAAGGGGAUGUUUGGCGUUGCCAUAAUCACAGCAUUCAUGGUAUUCAUUCAGCUGUUUAUAGACACAAAACGUACGACAAGACAACUGGCAGCCCUCGAUCAAAAAGUCCAGGCAUUACAGCGCCUACCUGGCCCUCAAGGCCCUCCAGGCGUCCAAGGUCCUACUGGGGCUAAUGGCCGACCAGGUCCUGCUGGGGCUGAUGGCAGGCCAGGUCUUCAAGGAGCAAAUGGCCACAAUGGAGCUAAUGGCAUUCGGGGACUUGAUGGCGCUCCUGGUCUUGAUGGCGCUCCUGGUCAGCAAGGCCCACGUGGUUGGAGAGGAAUUUCGGGCUGCUCAAGAAUCUGUUUGUGUCACUCACGCCCUGAAUGA